CUGCUGUAGAACGGACACCAGGAUCAUGCAGGGUAUUGCAGAAGUCUUCACUGUCAGAUGAGCAAAAAGCUAUAUAUAUAUAUAAAUGUCGUGCGCGCGAUAAUGGAGUAUCCUCUAUCGCUCCGCUAUGGCUGCCGUACUCCCUACCACACUGCCUCCAGCUGCCGUACUAAACAGCACCUUGGGUGCUCUGAUGUUAGGUGCCUUCGCCAGUUCUGCACUCUACGGCGUUUUAUGUCUCCAAACUGUCAUGUUCUGCCGGACGUCCUUCUACGAUCAUCGGUAUGCAAGAUACACCGUGUGGGCCCUCUGGGUGAUGAACACCGCGCAUCUCGCUUUUUGCAUACAUCCGUGCUAUUGGUAUAUGGUCAGCAACUACGGCCGUCCUGAUACCAUAGACCACAUUAUUUGGAGCAUCCCAACCUGGCAAAUUCUAACGGCAACCAACGACAUUCUGGUCCGUGGAUGGUUUGUCUACCGGAUCUGGAUCCUGAGUCAACAUAAUCGUUGGCUUGCACCCCCUCUGGCCGUCUACGUGGUAGUCGUAUUUGUCCUUACAACCGUCUUGGGAGGAGAAACAUACCUAGCGCAGACAUUCACUGCGUUUAGGCAAACUCAAGCCUCGCGGGCCGUAGGUGCCAUCAUGCCCAUGGUUUUUGCCUUAGAUGUCAUCAUCGCUUUCCUCCUUUGCUUCUACUUCUUCAGGUCCCGCAAUAACAUCUUAAGCAGGAGGAUCGGGACAUACAUUAACGUGCUCAUUGUAUACACUAUCAAUACUGGGCUUCUGACAAGCGUUCUGGCAAUGGCCUGCACAAUAACG